GAAAUAAAUAAUAAUAUGGCAGACGGAAAUCAGAAUCAGAACCAAAACCAGAAUCAAAAUCAGAAUGUGAACAAAGCAUUCAACCUAGAGUGCAUUAAGACCUGGACAAAGGUGCUCCAAUUUGUAGGGGCAGUGCUCUUGAUCUGACUUGCAUUUGUUAGAUGAUUCUUCGUGGCUUUUUCAAGUGCUCCUGCCUUUAUCUUAACCCUAUACAUGCUUCUUUUUGCAGGAUUAUUACUUAUCGCAGAGUUUCAAUGGAGACCAGUCUUGCAGUAUUUCAACUUCCUUGAUUACUCAUGGGGCAAAGCAGCAUUAGAUUUCUUUAUUUUCACUCUAUGCUUUGAUACAGGAAAACAUGCAAUUUUCCACAUCCCUAUCGCUUGAUUCUUCCUAGUACUUGUUUCUCUACAUAUCAUCUUAAUAUUUGCAUGUCAAAAGAAUGAACAAAAUCAAAAUGCCAACAAAAAGAAAGAAGAGGAAGAAAAGAAACAGGAUAAUGAAAAUCAAGGUGAUGCGAGACAGAAGAGAUACGAAUAUAACGCUCCUCAACCAAAAUAUACCCCACCUCCAAGAGCAGCACCAGCCGGGCCAGCUCCUGCUGGGCCCGCACCACCAGGACCACCUCCAGCAGUCAAUGGACCUUAAAGUAUGGAAUAAUGAUUUUAAAUUCAC